UGGCCCCAGCGGCAGGCAGGCUGAGCUGCCCGCCAGCCGCAAUACCGGAACCUGCAUGUCCGCGCGCGUCGACUCGAGCCGGUGCUGCUGCCGGUUUAGCGCCGCCAGCAAAGGAGUCGGCGCACGCAGCCCAGGACGCCGGGGAUGGGAUCCGCGACGCUGACUCCUGCCGGUGACACUAGCCCGCUACCGUCCGACGCGAACGGAUCCAGCGACCGCACCGACGAUGCGCGCGAGCCGAGCCCGCCCAGCGACUCGCCAAUCGAGCUGCGGCUCGCCGGCAGCGAGAACCGCGGCGACCCAACGCUGCCUCUGCGACCACCGCGUACCCACUGGCAGCGACGAGCGUGGCGGCCGGAUCAGGCUGCCGGUGCUGAUCUUGCGUCCGCUCCCCAGCACUGCGUUCGCCUGCGAGAUCAGCUCCUCCACCUCGCUGCGCCGCCGAGACACCGACCCUGCCGCUGCCCGCCCCGCCGCCCGCCGGCUCACCAUGAUGCUGUCGCGCGGCGUCGCCCGGUUGCCGAGCCGUGGGAUCUGUGGCUCAGUGAACUCGCCAAGCGGGCGGUGGAACAUGGCCCGCAUGUUCAUAGGUCGACGCCGUUGCACGCAGCUUGUUUACUGUUGGCCGGUCGGCGUCCGCGGUUGGUACCACCUGGGUCUUCUCCACGCCAAUGCCCGCAUGUGCAACCUCGCUCUCCGCCAAGGCACUGUCGGGAGAGGCUGAUGGCGUCGGUACCUGCUGUGCCACCAGCGACUGGAUGUGCAGCCGCGGCAGGUACGUCUCCACCAUCUUGUCCACAUCCAUACCGCGCACAGAGCGAUCAGAUGCCUGUCGCCGCGUGCUCACCACAAACGAGUGCGUAGGUAUCUGCAGCGACAUUCCACGGAACGCAGACUGCCGGGCGCUCGGCCGCUUCAUCCGUGUCGGCGCGCUGCUGACCUUUGGCCUCUUUGACCGCAUCAUUGCAAGCACCAUAGGGUGCCGCCGCAAUGCGAACUGCAGGUCUGGAUCAUUCACAUCCGCGUCCACAAGCCCUGGCCGCCCCUGCGAGCUGACCAGCUCCUUGACCUCAACCGCUCCGGACUGCCCGCCCAGAGGCUGCCUGCCGAGCAGCGUAAAUACCUUGAUCUGGAAGCUGCGCAUACUGCACGGAACAGCAUCGGCAGUAGCUGCCGUGGCGUCUGCCAU